AUGGUGCUUCUGGAUGGUCAGGUACCUAUGCACUACAUGGUGGCUUCUCUUGUUAUUGUUCCACUUUCUGUUAGGCUUUCAAGCUCCCGAAUCACUGGGGUCAAAGCUCAAGUGGGAAGGAUUGAAAGCAUUGCAUCCUGUCAUGUUGGUGCUCGAUAUUGUUAUUGGCGGUUUAAAGCUCUAGGAAGAAAUUCAAGCUUUGCAUUCAUUUCAUUAACGUUGAAGCACUGGCUCCUAUGGGUGGAGGUGGUGGUGAUGGUCUUGUAUGAUUAUGAAGACAAAAUCAACCAGGUUGUCUUCCAAGGGCUUCAAGGUGGUCCACACAAUCACACAAUUGCUGGGUUAGCAGUUGCAUUAAGGCCACAACUCCAGAGUACAAAACCUAUCAAGAACAAGUUCUUAGAAAUUGCUCAAAAUUGCGAAGGUUUAGUGAACUUCUUUAGUGCACAAAUUUUGCAGAGCUUGGUAGAGAAGGGCUAUGAGCUUGUCUCUGGUGGAACUGAAAACCAUUUGGUUUUGGUAAAUCUCAAAAACAAGCAUAAAAUGAGAAUGCAUGAGCACCACAGGACUUCUGUUCUACAAGGUAUUGAUGUCUCUAGAGUUGAAAAGGUAUUGGAAUUAGUGCAUAUUGCAGCCAACAAGAACACUGUUCUUGGGGAUGUGUCUGCCAUCGUUCUUGGCAGCAACAGGAUGGAUAAAGUGCCCUUUCUUAAUUGA